GCGACGACGACGCAACCAUCACUACCCUCGCUUCACUACCCGAACAACAACUCUGUUGCAUCAACCCAUCCACCCACGCCACGCCACGACCCACAUGAGCUCGGCAGCAGGCCCCUCGACCUCGCCGCCGCCAGCAACGCAGCCCGGCGGCGUGGUCGUGCAGCCCGCCGACCUGGUCGCUGCGCUGCCCGCCCCGCUUCUGCGCCUGCUGAUCCUGUUCGCAGGCCCGACGUCGGCCCUGCGCGCCGCGCUCGAGAUCCUCGCGUGGAAGCCCGAGCGGAGGCUCGAAUCGUACCUCGUCCUCCUGGGAUGGUGGGCGACGUGCCUCGGCUUCAGCUAUGCGUUUGCGCUCCUCCUCCCGCCGCUCGUGUUCGCGCCGCUCAUCCCCCUCGGCCGGCUGCGGCUGGGCAAGAGCACGACCCCGCCGCUGCAUCCGUCGCCCAACUCGCCGGCGACGAGCGAGACGCUGCUGCUGUCCGUGUCGGACAUGUACCGCAUCCACGCGCUCCUCCCGCCCAACCCCAUCCCGCCGCUGUCGGCAGUGUAUGCGCGCUUCCGGCAGCUCGGCGCGCGCCGCCUCAUCCGCGGCCUGCUGGUCCUCUGGGGCGUGUGGGUCGCGCUAGGCCAUGCCCUCGGCACCCGCGUGCUUCUCGGCCUAGUCGGCUCAGUGCUCAUCCUCGCGCCGAGCCCGCUGCUCUCACACACGGUCCACCUGCUCGCCAAGAGCCUGGCAGUGCGCCGCGCCGUCGCGCUCACCUUUUUGUUCAUUUUUGGAUCGCCACCCGGCGCAGACUACAAGGCGUCUUCGCCACUCGGCUGGCUGCGCGCCAAGUGGGCCGCAAGCCGCACACCAAGCCUCACCCUCGCGUUCACUACAGAGACCGACGCCAACGGCAACGAUGACGACGACGACGACUUUGUCGCAGACGGCAGCCCGAUCUACUUCAAGUUUGAAGUGUUCGAGAACCAGCGCUGGUGGAUGGGGCUCGACUGGACGUCGGCGCUACUCCCGCAGGAGCGGCCAAGCUGGUGCGACUCGCAUCUCCUGCCCGUCUCCCCUCCUGGCUCGUUCGCCCUCCCGCCACCGAGCUCGAUCGACCUCCCGGCGCCGACAAAGUCCGAGCCCCGCGCACAGGUGCGCCGCACGGCGACGUGGCGCUGGAUCGACGACGACUGGGCCGUCGUCCGCAAGGGCGGCGAUGCGGCCGCUGCGCCUGCCGCGCCUGCACCAGUCGUCCCCGCGAUCCCCGAGGACGAGGCCAAGUCGCCGACGACGUCCUCGCGCCCGUCGUCGGGGCUCUUCUCCACGUCCCCAGACGAUAGCCGUACCCCGUCCGCGGCGGAAUCGGCCUUCGCCAAGGGCCUCGGCAGACUCAAGAGCGUGUCGGGCCUUCCUCCCGGUUCGCCAUCCGCCUCGCCGACAAAGACGACCGACAUCCGCCGCCUGCGCGCCGGUUCAGAAGCAGCCUCCGAGGCCAGCGUCGCCGACACGGCCGACGGCACCGGCGCCGGCGCGAUCCCCGAGACGAACGAGGUGACUGACGCCGACGGGUGGGUGUACGGCGACAACAAGUGGGAGAACAUGGGGCCACGGGGUGGCUUGGGCAAGUUCACCCGCCGCCGCCGCUGGCAGCGCCGCGCAGUCUGCACCGAGACAGUCACGCGGAUACCCGAGCUCGCCCCGGCACGGCGGCACACGGACCCGCUGCCGGCGCCAGACACGAACAUCUCCCCGCCCGGCAGCGGCGCGGCUACCCCCGUCGGCCGGGGGCCGAGCCUCAAGUCUGCGCCUGCGCCUGCGCCCGUCGCGCCCGUGACUGCCGACGCUAGUGCCGAGCUUGCCGACGGCGCUUCGUCGGGCGCGUCGUCGGCGCUCAGCCGCGACGACGCGCUCAGGCAGCGCCUGAAAAAGGCCAUGGGGAAUGUCGGGGCGUAGGAAGUAGAUAGACUUGUAGCAUAUGCGAUGGCUGCGGGUGUG